UCCCCGCUCUGUCCUCGCGGCAGUCUGACGCCGGUCGCGCAGUCAGCAUGGCUGGAUUUUCUCGCAGUUUUUCGCCGGUUCUACCGAGCUAGAGACGAGUACGAGUCUAUCUUGUGUCCGUGUCGGUAGUGCAUGCUGUCUGAGUGUCGUCGUCAGAGCCGUUCGAGACCAUUCGCAAUCGAGUGUCGGAGACGCGUGCUUUGGCAAGCCGAGAACGAAAGAGACGCCAGAUAACCGAACCUAACCUCCAAAGACAGAGAUGUGUCGAGACGUAACUCUCGUUUCGCGGUCGCGGUGAUCUCGUUUAUUUCCGUAUCGUUUAUAUUCGCGAUACGGAACUUAUCGAAACAAAUGUGCUGCUUGCUGUAUUGUUCAUCGUGCAUGUAAUAUUGUGAUUUUCGUCUUCGUGAUCGCGCCUAAAGUGCGUCGCGUGACAAUCGUGUGUGCUGCUCGUGUGCUUGGCAUAGGAACAGAACAAGGACAGAAAGCAUGCAAAGAACAAAAGGGAACGGAAAACUACUAUGCGUCCCGGCGUGAACGAAUCGGUGACGUUUCCCGAGUGAAUGUGUGUGAGGAAACAGAGUGUGGAUGAGAGAGAAAUAGUGUUGAACCAUGAAGAAGGAAGAACGAUAGAAAGGUUGGACGAAAAGAGACUUGGCCAUCAACAAAUCUUGACCCAAGAACGGGAAAAGAUUUCUUGGAAAGCAGUUUCGUCGAAGGUGACUCGGUGUUUUUGGGAUGGAACAGCGUCUCGAAUCAAUGGUUUCUUGGAAUAGACUUUUUUUUUAUACCGUCUAAUCCAUCGAGACACUAGACCAGAGCCAUCGAUCAGGUGUUCGACGCUGAGGGGCGCAACGAGGUUACCCUCUGCGCCGGAUCAUCGUAGCGAAGCUCGUUUGAGGACGGAUCCAAAGGUAUUGGUCUUCGUGGAAACGCUGUAUUCUAUGUUGGGAAAAAACAUAGCGGAACUGCUAGUCUCCAAUCGAAUCAAAUACAAACUGGAAGUGGCUGGCAAGUCUCUACCCGUGUUGACAAACCUGGAUAAAGGUCGAUACGGUGUCUUAAUCUUUGAAAAUCUGAACAAGUACCUGCAGAUGGACAAGUGGAAUCGCGAAUUGCUAGAUAAAUAUUGCAGAGAAUAUUCGGUCGGCAUCGUGGGAUUCGCGCCGUCCGGCGAGGAAAGUCUCGUCGGUGCGCAGCUGAAGGGUUUUCCUUUGUUCGUGCAUACUAAUCUCAGGCUGAAGGAUGCACAACUGAACGCAGCGUCUCCUAUCCUCCGAUUAACCAGAUCCGGGGAAACGGCCUGGGGACCACUUCCUGGCGGUGACUGGACCAUUUUUCAAGCCAAUCACAGCACUUACGAACCCCUGGCAUGGGCACAUCGGGACAGCCUCGACUAUCCGGCUAAUAAAAGUCCUCUGGCGACUGUCAUUCAGGAUCACGGGAGAUACGAUGGGAUUCAGAGAGUCUUUUUUGGCGGAGGAUUACGAUUCUGGUUACACAACUUGUUAUUGCUCGACUCUCUUUCCUACUUGUCCCACGGCCAGUUGAGCCUAAGCCUUAAUCGCAUGAUCUUGGUAGACGUCGAUGAUAUAUUCGUCGGUGAGAAGGGAACGAGAUUAAGAAAGGACGACGUGAUGGCGCUGUUGAUUACCCAACAGAGGAUCCAAGCGUUGGUACCUGGUUUCAAAUUUAACUUGGGGUUUUCUGGAAAAUAUUUCCAUCACGGCACCUCCGAGGAAAAUCUGGGGGACGAUAUGCUUCUGGAGAACGUCGACAGAUUUACGUGGUUUUCUCAUAUGUGGAAUCAUCAACAACCUCACCUUUACGAGAAUGUAACGCAUCUACAAUUAGACAUGGCGUUGAACAAACAAUUCGCGAAAGACCACGGAAUUCCAACAGGAAGCGGUUACAGCGUAAGUCCUCAUCAUUCCGGCGUUUAUCCGGUCCACGAAGGAUUAUAUGAAGCGUGGAAAAGAGUGUGGAACAUCAAAGUCACAAGCACAGAAGAGUAUCCCCAUUUGAGGCCAGCUCGAUUAAGAAGAGGAUUUAUUCAUCGUAAUAUAAUGGUUCUACCGAGACAAACCUGUGGCCUUUUCACACACACAAUCUUUAUCGAUAGAUAUCCAGGCGGAAGAGAGAAACUGGACAGAUCGAUACAGGGUGGCGAACUCUUCCAGACAAUCGUUCACAAUCCUAUCAAUAUUUUUAUGACGCACAUGUCGAAUUAUGGAAACGAUCGUCUGGCAUUGUAUACCUUCGAGUCUGUGAUUAAAUUUAUCCAAUGUUGGACGAAUUUGAGAUUAUCCAGUGCACCGCCUCUUCAAUUAGCGGAAAGAUAUUUUCAACUCUAUCCUGAGGAAUCUGAUCCUGUGUGGGGUAAUCCCUGUGAUGAUCAGAGGCAUCAAAAGAUUUGGUCGAGGAACAAGACAUGUGAUCAACUACCAAGGUUUCUGGUAAUUGGUCCUCAAAAAACUGGCACUACUGCUCUCUAUACUUUCCUCUCCAUUCAUCCUGCGAUAAGCAGCAAUUUGCCAAGUCCUGACACUUUCGAGGAGAUUCAGUUCUUCAAUGGGAAAAAUUAUUACAAAGGCCUUGAUUGGUACAUGAGCUUCUUCCCAGCAUCGAAAAACGAGAGUUCGCGGUAUCUGUUUGAAAAAUCUGCAACUUAUUUCGAUGGGGAAUUAGUACCACGUAGAGCUCACGCUCUUCUACCCAGAGCAAAAUUAAUUACUAUACUACUUUCGCCUGCUAGGCGUGCCUAUUCAUGGUACCAGCACACGAGAGUUCAUGGCGAUCCUGUAGCAAAUAAUUAUUCCUUUCACUCGGUUAUCACUGCAAGCGAUACAGCACCAAAACCCCUACGCGAUCUCAGGAAUAGAUGUUUAAAUCCCGGAAAAUACGCUCAGCAUCUGGAAAGGUGGCUUUCCUAUUAUCCGCCUCAGCAAUUGCACAUUAUAGACGGCGAACAGUUGCGGCAAAAUCCUGUAGAGACAUUGCACGAGUUACAAAGGUUCCUCAAGAUCACGCCCGCUUUCAAUUACUCGUCUCAUUUGAGGUACGAUCCGAAGAAAGGAUUCUUUUGUCAAGUUACCAAUGAGGAUCGAACGAAAUGUCUUGGCAAGAGCAAAGGCCGUCAAUAUCCGCCUAUGGAGGAUAAAUCGUACAAAUUAUUACAGAGAUAUUAUUUAUCCCACAACACGGCUCUAGUGAAAUUAUUGAAACGGCUCGGGUUGAGAACUAUCCCACAAUGGCUGAAGGAAGAUCUUACCGACACGGUGAUGACCUAGCAAACGUCGAUUAUAUGAAACGAUACCGUUUCUGAAUUGUUUAUCUCUACGGUGAACGAAAUUCACCGGUUAUUAGCUGAAGAUCUGUAACAUAAUUGUACAUUCGAUAUAUUCCACUGGACUCCAAAUCCUCGACGGAAGGACCAUUGCAGUGGCCUAUCCCAGUGGUUUUGGCCUAAGAUCCGUGGGAAGCCUGCGAAACUAGUCACUAAACGAUUUUAAGGUGAAUCGUGACUGUCGAUCGUUGUUAAGCCAAUAGCACUAUUAUUAACGUUAUAUUAUUAUUGUCAUCGUUGUUGCGUCGUAGAAAACAUGAUUAUUAAGAGUACAGCCCGUUCGCUGGUGCCAUCAUCCGUCUGUAAUGAUUGGACGCUUUUCGUUCUGAUCUUUACUACUAAAAGAUACUACUAUAAUAUAAUAAGAAGAAAAAAAGAGAAUUCCUAAUUUGUACUCGAGUUAAAUUCUUCUUCAAUCUUAGUACAACAUAUUUUUCUUCAACGAAGAAGACGACAAUAUAAUUAAUAAAUCAAAAGACCACAAACAAAAACGCACAUUUUGGCUUUGCGUAAUGAUAAUCAUAAACAAUUUGUCGACACGGGUACAAUGACUCUUUACAAAUUUGAGUAGGAAAGAGAAGAAGGAUGCUUUAAUGAGUGAAAUUAGAAGCGGUCAAAAAAAAAAAAAAAUUGUAUUUUAGAAACUUGACUUUUGUGAGACAAGAUCUGUCCAAAUCGUGUUGCAAUGUUUGAAGAGAUUUAUUUCCUCAUGAAAAUAAUUAAUGGAUAAAUCGAAUUUGUUGAUAUUUAAAUCGACGAUCCGUCAGUCCUUCACUUCUGGUACUAAUUGCAGGAUUGCUUCUGCGAGUGUGAGACUUUUGGAAAGUUUGAACUUUUUUCUCGCCCACUUACUCUCUCAGAGACACGAUGUACAUUAAUUCUCGUUAUGUAAGCGUAUUAAAAUAAAAAAGUAAAUAAAUAAA